GCAAUCCAGGAUAUAGAGCUCCGUCUACCGCGUGCUAAAGGUCGGCACAGGCGAGGUGUGUCUUAGUCGGCUUUACCUCCAUACUCACUCACACACUCCACUGAGGUGUCUCUUCUAAGACCUACUUUAGCCACAAUUUCCGUUUUCUCGACUGAUUUUAUUUUGUGGACAGCAACCUGGUGACUAACUUGGAAAUUCAACAGCUGUCUGCUGGGAGGGAUUUGUCACUGAUACAGUGUUCGUGUGUUUACCAUGUCACCGGAAGCUGUGGUCCAGGUUCUGUUGCUGGUCACCGGCCUGGCUGCUGCCCAAGAGCCACAGUGGGGCUUCCAGUCGUACCUUGACGAGGAUUUCACUGUCGUGUGCAACGAUUCCAGUCUCAUUCUCGAGCCAUAUAACUUCGUGGUUUGGGAAACGCCAGUUGGAGACCUGAUUGAAAUAAAUACACUCGACAAAUACGUCGUCAGUAAUGUCGGAAAGGUCAUCAACAUGCACCUGACCAUCAAAAACGUGCAGGAAGCCGACAAGGGAGUCUACCUGUGUCACGUGUACACGGAUGCACAGAAAAUUCAGAAGAGAGGUCGCAUGCUGCGGGGGUUGAACAUCGGAGGGCCAAUGUACCGCGAGCCGUUUGACGAGUACCGCGACCAUCUGAUGGUGGGCGGCAUCUGCGCCCUCAUCCUCCUCGUGCCUCUGAUGACCCUAUGUCUGCUCUACAAGUUCCGCUACCAGAGCAAGGAGGUGCUGGCUGCCAAGCGUGAGGCCCGACUCAUGGCCAUGGCCCGCCAUCACCAGCUACAGAACGGACUCUCCGACCAGGGGACAGAAUUCUCCACCAUGAGUGAAGGAGGGGAGAUAAAUCACGUUUACACAAACUAUGACGAGAAGAGCACUCAUUUGUGAAAUGUUUCUUUUUUUCUGUCGAGUCGGACAAUUUACGAAAAAAAGGAAUAGACUGUAUUUUCAAACAUAUUAAGCUGGGGCUCUUUCAUAUAGAGAUGCCACUAAGCCUGGUCUGCUUUUGUCAAUUUGAUUACUGUUUAGAAAUGAAACAAUUCAGUGCCGAGAGAUCUUGAAGGGUGUGUGUGUACAGAGAACAAAGAUGUGAAUAAUUACAAGGAUUGUAGAUAUCUUAUCAAAUGCUGUUAUGUAUUUCUGAUCUUACUGGAUAACUCAGGAAUAAUGAAAUUGUAAAAUUAUAUUUCGCUUUCAGAAUACUUCAUUUACAUUUGUCCUCACAUACAGACAUGCAAGCGCACAGAGAGAAAGAGAGAGAUUCAAGCAUACACACACAAGCACACACACACACACGGGUAUGCAAGCACAUACACACAGACACGCAAGCGCGCACACAAACACAGAGAGAAGAAGACAGAAAGAAUGUCAGUCUAAAACCAGUCCAUACGUCACUCGAACAAGGGAAACAACUGCACUAUAACUUCAUUCACCCACCCCCAUUUCAUUUCCUUCUUUUUAUUCUUCCAUUGUUUAUUCUGCACUAUUUAUUAUCGUGAUCUGUAAUUGCUGUAUUGUACAAUCAUAGCAUCGCUUUGUACAUAGCUGUACAAUAAUUAUCACGGGAUUAUAUUCAUGUCAUCUGAGUAAACAGUUGAGUUUUUAAGGAA